UUUCCAUUUUCCAAGCAAUGUUUCAACAAAUUUCAAUUGUUCUUUUGCUGUUGCUAUGGGCUACCAUGUUCCAUAGAGGUGCGUGUGGUACAAGUUUGCAGCUUCCUUGCAACGAAAAGGAUCAAUCUGCACUUUUAGUCUUCAAACUUGGUGUUGUGAACCAUUCCAAAAUGCUCCCAUCUUGGUCCAAUGAACAAGAUUGCUGUGCAUGGAGAGGAGUCUACUGUGAUAACAGCACAGGCAGAGUUACAAAACUUGAUCUAAAGCAACAAUACCUGGAAGGUGAAAUCAACUUAUCUCUACUUCAAAUUGAAUUCUUGAACUACUUGGACUUGAGCUUGAAUGGCUUCACAAGUUUAAAUGCACCUUUUGAUGAUACACAUGCUAGCUUCCCUAAUGUUCAGUUUCUUGACUUAUCGUUUAAUGAUGAUCUUCAUGUGGAUAAUCUCCGCUGGCUUUCUCAACUUUCUUCCUUGAAAUAUCUCAACCUUAGUCAAAUCAAUCUUCAAAAUGAAACCAACUGGCUUCAAUUCAUGCAAUUGCAUCCAUCACUGGUAGAUCUAAGAUUGGCAAGUUGUCGUCUUACAAAUAUCAGUCCAUCCAUGAAGUAUGCCAAUUUUUCUUCACUCUUAAAUCUUGACCUCUCUGGGAACCAUUUUGUCUCUGAAUUGCCUUAUUGGCUUUUCAACCUCACCAGUAUCUCCAAUAUUGACCUUAGCUUCAAUCUUCUACAAGGACCAAUACCAAAGAGUUUGUUGAGCCUUCGAAACCUUAAAUUUUUAAGGCUGAAUGACAAUGAAAUUAAUGGAUCCAUCCCAGAAUGGCUAGGCCAACACGAACAAUUGCAAUAUCUUGGUCUAUCUGAGAACAUGUUUCAUGGUUCAAUCCCUUCAUCAAUAGGAAAUCUCUCAUCCUUGGUUAAAUUAAGCAUCAGCUCCAGUUUAUUGAGUGGUAAUCUUCCAACCAGCCUUGGACAACUCUUCAAUUUAAAAAGUUUGUCCAUCGGUGGUGAAUCCUUGUCAGGUGUUCUCUAUGAAAACCAUUUUUCCAAUCUCUCUAAUUUAGAAGAAUUGGUGUUGAGUGCUCCUUUUGCAUUUGACUUGGCUUCUCACUGGAUUCCUCCUUUCCAGUUGACGGGCAUUACUAUAAGCAAUGCAAAUUUAGGUCCUAAAUUUCCAGAAUGGCUAUACUCACAAGGGUCACUAGUAUAUUUAGAGGUGCCUAACUCAAGUAUCUCAUACAUAAAUGGUGACUUGUUUUGGAAGUUUGUAGCAAAUAUUACACAGCUCAACCUAUCCAAGAACACCAUCAGUGCAGACUUGACAAACAUCACACUUAACUCUGAACUCAUUUUUAUGGACCAUAAUAAUUUCACAGGAGGACUCCCCCUUAUAUCAGCAAAUGUUAUCUAUUUGGACUUGUCCCGCAAUUCUUUCUAUGGACCCAUUUCCCCUUUUUUCUGCCACAAGUUGGGUAUGGAAAAUAAUUUGGACUAUUUGGACAUAGCAUUCAAUCUUUUAACCGGAGGAGUUCCUGAUUGUUGGGAGUAUUGGAAAGGUUUGUCUUUCCUUUUCAUGGAGAGUAACAUGCUAACCGGUGAACUCCCUUCAUCAAUGGACUCAUUCAUUGAUCUCAUUGCACUGGAUUUGCAUAACAACAACUUGUCUGGAAAUUUUUCAUUGGACCUAUCAAACGUAACAAAUUUGGAAUUCAUCAAUAUCAGAGAGAACAAUUUUUCUGGAAUUGUACCAACAAAGAUGCCACAUGGUAUGGAAGUUAUGCUAUUGGGAUCUAACCAAUUUGAAGGCAACAUUCCACCACAGCUAUGUAACCUCUCUUCACUGAUUCAGUUGGACCUUUUCCACAACAAGCUUUCAGGAUCUAUUCCUCAAUGCAUCAGUGACAUUCCUAGCUUGGGUGGAGCAGAAAGAACAAGUCAUUACCCAUUUGAAUUCAAUUUGUACACCAAAGGCCAAGAGUUAAAUUAUAGAGACUAUGGAUUGCGGAGAACACUUGACCUUUCAUAUAACAACUUUUCAGGGGAAAUUCCAACACAAGUUUUCAAACUUGUUCAGUUGCAGUCCUUGAACUUGUCUCGAAAUCAUUUCACAGGAAAGAUAUCAAGGGAGAUUGGGAGCAUGAAGAACUUGGAGUCUCUUGAUCUAUCCAGCAACAAACUUGAUGGAGAAAUUCCUGGUUCCAUUUCCUCUCUAUCUUUCUUGAGCUUCUUGAAUCUGUCAUACAAUGAUUUCAUGGGACAAAUCCCAAUUGGUACUCAGAUCCAGGGCUUCGUUGCUUCUAGCUUUGCUGGGAAUCCCGGGCUUUGUGGAGCACCUCUACCAAUUAACUGCACAGGAGAAAGUGUUAAUGUUGAUGUGUCAAAGCAAAAUGGAGGAAGCAAUGAUGAUGCCUUUGAAACUGAUUCACUAUACCUUGGAAUGGGAGUUGGCUUUGCAGUGGGAUUUUGGGGGCUUUUGGGUUCUCUAUUCCUCAACAGGACAUGGAGGCACGCGUAUAUUCGGUUCCUUAAUUAUGUUGCAGAUCAACUUCAUGUGUUUGUGGCUGUCAAGUUCAACAGCUUCAGUGCCACACUAUCAAGUUGGUUCUGAGGGGCAGAUACGAUAUCAUCUUAUGUGAUUUUGGAGUAUGAGUGCUACCUGGAUUUUUUGCAAAGCUGAAAGAAAAAUAAAUGAAAAGCAAACAACUCUGAAAUUUGGAGGAGAUCAGAAGCAAAAAGGAAGAUUGAUUGGACUUACCUAGCUGUGGCAUUUAGUAUUUUAUUGACUAUGAAAUUAAUAUAAUAUAAUAUAGCUAUGUACCAAGUAGCUGUGGCAUUUUUAGUAUUGUAUUCAACUUCUUAAGGAAAGACCUAAAAAUAGAUCAGAUGCAUGACUGAAUUUCCUGUUUCUGAGGUUUAUACAGUGACGUGGAGAAUGCUAUAAUUCACAUCUAAGGUGUAAUCAACAGAAAGUAUUAGUACUUUUAUAUAUAUUCUGAGGUUUAUAGGAUAUUUUGAUUCUUAAUACUUACGAGAUAAGCAUUAUAUUUUAGGUUGACAUAUUAAACAUUGUAGAAAUGCCAAAGCUCCAAUCGGAAUUAAUAAAAGUUUUCACUUUGUUAGCAA